AUGCUGGACGUGGAUGUGGGCGCAGUGCUGGACCUUGGGAAGGUGACGAGCAACGGGAACCAUGUGCUCCGAGCGAUCAAGAUCCGUAACCACGGGGAGGGGCCGAUGCUGGUCCACCUGAGCUCCGAUCGUCCUCAGGAAAUCAGCUUCCAGCUGCAUAAUGACAACCUGCCAGACAGUGACUCGAGCUCGAGUGCAUCGCUAGGAGCUGAGAACGACUUCAAUCAGCUCUUCAACACUAUAGGAAUUAUCCACGAGCUUCAGAUCCCAGCUCGGAGCGAGCAGAGAGUCGUGCUGACCUACCUUCCCGCACGGUACGACUGGGAGAACCAAGAUGACGCCUUGAGCUCGAAGCAGACGAUCAUUGGAGGGCAGCGAGACGCGGUCUCCCUUACCUCGAGCAAGAGCGUCAUCGGGCCAGUCUCAGGGACGGUCAACUCGCCUGUGUCCGUGUCCGGGACCUUGAACUUCACCGGAAAGAUCCUCGGGGGAGGGUCGACGGAGGGAGGGGAGAUCCACACCUGCAGCGUCAGGCUGCUUGCUCAAGUGUGCAAGUCGGUGCUGGCACUGCAGCCCACGGAGAUCAUGCUGAGCUCCUGCGUGCCCGGAGGCAUCUACUACCGCGACUUCACUCUGCUGAACCUCUCGAACAUCCCCUUGUACUUCUCCAUGAUCCUCUCCCCCGCCACCAGCCAGGCGGUUGCGAACAAGACGCUCAAGCUGUCAGAGAAGCCGAGGAAGUGA